GCCGGAAAGAUCGCGGGUGGUUUUGGAGUUUUGUUGCUCUUUUUUAAACAACAAAACUAGUUGUUCAAAUUCAAGUGUUUGUUGAUUAAAUGUUUUAUGUAGGUUGUUCUGAUCUCAAAAAUUCUUAUUCCGUACCCUCGUGCCGCAUUGGUCUUGUCCCAGUUUGUGAAGUAGUAAAGUUUGUGCCUGAUCUUGUCGCUGAUGCAAUAUCGCCGGCUGCUGUAAUUCCGGAUUUCGAUAAGCUGACGCAUCAGCAACAAAGUAAUCAUGUGGAGUCAGGACAAGAGCCGACAGGAGGAACCGGUGGAAGAUCUGGUUGCUCGGGAUUACCAGCAGCAGAUGAAGGAUAUCUGCUUGCGAAAAAACACGAUAGUCUACCUACCGACCGGGGCCGGUAAGACUUACAUCGCGCUGAUGGUAAUGCGCGAGAUGAGUCACCAGUUGCGGUCCAACAUCGACGAUGGGGGCAAGCGGACGUUCUUUCUCGCCAACACGGUCGCGUUGGCCAAACAGCAGGCCCAGUUCUUUAGCCGCUUUUUCCCAUUUAAUGUGCGGCUUUACACGAGCGAGGUGAACUUGGACACCUGGAAGCAGGACCGAUGGUUGAGCGAGUUUCGCGAAGUGCAGAUUUUAGUAUCUACGUCGCAAAUUUUACUUGAUAUCCUCCGCCACGGAUACCUCUCUCCAGGCAACAUCAAUCUGCUCGUGUUCGACGAAUGCCACCGUGCGGUAGGCCAGCAUCCGAUGCAUGCUAUAAUGAAGGAAAUGAUGGGUGCACCGAAAAACUGCCAGCCGCGUGUCGUUGGCCUCUCGGGGACGCUGCUGUAUCGGGAGCUGAAGUCAAAGACGCAGGUGGAGGAAGAGUUGGAGCGGCUCGAGAACACGUUCAACGCGACGAUCGCUACCGUUGGCGACUACGAUGAGUAUACGAGCAUGUGCUCGUUUUCGACAAAUGCCAAGGAAGUGAUCUGUGUCUACAGGAACAGCUUUCUGGAGUCGGUGCCCGUUAUCAGGAUGGUAAUUGGGAUGGUCAUGAAGUUUUCGGAACAGGUCGAGAAGAUACAUCUUCCGAAGUACAACACGACUUCGACGACUACGCUGCGCGUCAGUAAACCGAAACCAACGAAAGAGGUGAAGCGAGCACUGAACGAGUUUCAGCUGCAGCUGCUGGAGCUCGGUAUCUUUGGUGGUUCGGUCGCGUUGCUAGGCGUCAUCGUGGAGAUGGAGCUGAACAAGCGAAAGUCUGAGUGCUCCAAAGCACGCGCUCUCUACCGUAGCAUGAUCUCGUUUUGUGAGGAGGUGUACUGUGUGCUGCAGAGCGUAAUGAAGGAUAUGCCAAUCCGGGUGCAGGUGAAGAAGUUUUCAAGCGAUCGUGUCCGUAAGAUGAUCCUGUAUCUCGAGCAAGAGUACAACGGCACGACAGCAGACACGGAGAAGCAGGCGCUGGUGUUUGUACAACGUCGCUUUAGCGCCAAAGUGCUGUAUCAUGUGCUGCGGCUCUACUUUGGUCAUGAUGAAAAAAAUGUGCCCGAGGAUGAUGCCAUCAUUCGGCCCGAAUUCAUCGUUGGCAUUAACCGACCGAUGGAGGAAUCCAUCGAACACAUCAUCAUUGCAAAACAUGAUCGACAAGUGAUCAAAAAGUUCCGCAAACACCAGAUUAAUGUGCUUUGCGCUACCAACGUGCUGGAGGAAGGCAUCGACCUUCAAAUGUGCAACAUUGUCAUCAUGUUUGACGAACCGCUCAGCUACAGCUCCUACAUGCAGUCGAAGGGCCGGGCGCGCAUGAAAUCCAGUACGUACCUGCUGAUGGUAAAGGACGAAGAUCGCGGGAAAUUCACUACGCGCAUUCAGCUGUACCAUGAUAUUGAGGAUACGCUGAAGAAGGCAUUAAUUGGUAAAACGAUUAAUCGUCCAGAACCGCUGGAGCAUGAUGUACGAAAGGAGUUGCUGGAUGAUAUAACCACUCCAUUCAUUACCCCGGCCGGUGCGAAGCUCGAUCUCUUAUCCUCGGUACAGUUGCUGAACCGGUAUUGCAUGAGUAUGCCGCGUGAUCUGUUCACCGGCACCAACGUAGCCUGGGAACGGGUCGAUCAGCACGGUAAGAUUUGCGUUUCGGUGAAGCUACCGCUACAGUCGACGAUCCGCGAAAUCGUGCACGGUGAGCCGAUGAAAAACCUGAAGCUGGCCAAGCAAUCGGCCGCUUUUAACGUUUGCAAGCGGCUGUACGACGUCGGGGAACUAAGCAUGCACCUGCUUCCGGUGACGGUGAAGGACAAGGUGCAGCAGGUGGACGAUUUGUAUUUCAGCCACUGGCGAACGGUUGGUGUUGAAACGAAACCCAAACAAGCCGGCCAGGCAAACAACGUCCGCUGCUAUAGGGUACACUAUCCGGCCGAGUCGCAACACUGCACGCCCCAGUCGGAGGCGGACGAGUGUUUUAUUUACAUUUUGCGCACGAAGGCACUCUUCGAGCGUGGCACGCAAGGCGGAAAUAUUGCCAGUUUUGCCGAUCUCUACAGCAGCUCGAACAAUUUCGGCAUCAUGACACGCAAACCCCUUCCACCACUGGCCCCAAUGCAACUGUUCUGCUCUCUCGGCAAGAUCGGUGUGGAAGUGGUACGGGAACCGUUACGCAUUACGCUGGAUCCCGCUACCGGUCGUGAGCAGCUCGCGAAGCUGAAACGCUUCCAUCUGCUGCUGUUCCGCGAUCUGUUACGCCUUUGGAAGCAAUUUAUUGCCCUCGAUGUAGAGGCGGCCGAGAAUGGGUUCUUGAUCGUACCGAUGGCUGACUCGAAGACGAUCGACUGGAAGCUGGUGGUUACGUUCCCUUACCUGCAACAGUCGGAGGAACCGACCACACUAACCCGCCAGCGGAUGGUGUUUAACGCCGAACACUACCGGAACCGGGUCGUCCAUCCCUGGUACAAGAGCGAUCCGAUGCAGAACUACGUCGUAGUGAAGGUGCACGAAGAGCUCAGCCCCCAGAGCCCGUUCCCGAACUCGGUGUUCAACACGUUCGAACAAUACUUCUCGACCCAACACCAGCAGGUGAUCGUGCGCCCGGAAGAUCAGUUUCUGAUCGAGGUGAAGGGUAUCAGCACGAACCUGAACCUGCUGCACCCGGGCACGGAGCAGGAUGGGGGCAAUGCGCGCUCGCGAAGGCGUGAUUUUCAAGAGCUGCUCAUACCGGAGCUCGUCCAUAACUUUGAGUUUCCGGCGGACUACUGGUUGAAGGCGACGCUGCUACCGAGCGUGUUGCAUCGUGUGCACUAUCUGCUGAUUGCGGAACAGAUACGGCUUGAUCUGGCCAACAGUGUACAAAUCGGUACGAAGCGGUGCGAUCGCAUCGAACCGCUCACGAUUGAUCGCGAGGUGACGCUGGUGACGCAGAAAGCGGCCUCGUACAAGGUGUCCGAUUUUGGCGACAGUUUCGAGGAGGACGACCAGGAGCACGACGAUAUGGACGAUGGUGAUGGUGAUGGUAGUGAUAACGAGGAUGAGAUGCGUGUUGAGAAGCUUCGUGAAAUGUUGCUUAAGAUUAACAUGGAUACCGCGGUCGAUACGAUCGUGUACCCGUGGAAGGAAGAGGAACUUCCGGUCGACAUUGAGCGCCACUGGGAAAGCACUUCCCGUGUCGACCUUGACUACUACUGUAGCUUCGUCGAAAAAUAUCAAACCAACGCGGCUAAGCUGAAGACGGAAACUGUUCACUCGUUUACCAAGCGCUCCGCACCGGACCUCGAGCUCGAGCUCGGUGGAUUAACGCUGGACGAUUCGGCGUCGUCGUCGUCGUUCGAUGAGGCGCCAGUGGGGAAACCCGCUGCACCACUUGCGAUCGAGGAUGGGUUAGGACCGCCGGGCGAGAUCCAAAUUCUGAAGCUCACUCCCUUCAAUACGGCCAACCUGUGCCUACAGCAGGGGGACAUUCUGCAGGCCCUCACUUCCAAGCACGCCCAUGACGUAUUUAACCUGGAGCGCUUCGAGUUGCUCGGUGACGCGUUCCUCAAGUUCUCGGUGUCGGCGUUUCUACUGAUGCAGCACACCAGCUGGCACGAGGGUUACCUCACGACGUGCAAGAGCCGCAUGGUGAGCAACCGGAAUCUGCUGUACUGUGCGAUGCAGUACGGGUUGCCGGGCAUGCAGAAGGUCCACCGGUUCGAUCCGCGCAACGAAUGGUUGCCACCGUUGGCCACCGUACCCAAGGUGAUCCGUGAGGCGAUGAUCAAGGCGAAGGAGAUGCCCGCCCUGCUGUACAAGUUGGAACUGAGCGAGGAGGAAGUUCAAACCGGUAUCGUGCAGCAGUCGAAGGUCGAUGCUUUCCUACCGCUGAUCCACGAAAACGAAGAGGAAUCCCGAUCGACGCUGAUGGCAGUGCUGCAGCAUGUGCAGGUAUCGGACAAAACGGUGGCCGACUCCAUGGAAGCCCUGUUGGGUGUGUGCGUAAAGUCGGUCGGGUACGAGCGCUCGUUCCGCGCUCUAUCACACUUCGGGAUCCUGCCACGUGGUGCCGACCUGGCCAAGUUGCUGUGCGCGCCCAAUUACACCGUGCUGAGCUACCAGACGGAGCGUGACACGAUUGACCGUUUGCUGAUCGCCCCGGAGAAGAUUGAACGGACGCUCGGGUAUCAGUUCCGCAACCGGACGCUCUUGUUGCAAGCGUUCACCCACGCAACGUACACCGCAAACACGCUGACCAGGUCGUACGAACAACUCGAAUUCCUGGGUGAUGCCGUGCUCGACUUUCUCAUCACACUCUACAUCUACGAGCGCAAUCCAAACAUGUCACCCGGCCAGCUGACCGAUCUCCGAUCGGCGCUCGUGAACAACGUGACGCUGGCGUGCGUCCUGGUGCGCUUCCGGUUGCACCACUACAUCCUCUCAAUGUCACCGAUGCUGACGGACAAGAUCGACAAGUUUGUGGAGGUGCAGAGUCAGAAGCGCAACCGCAUCGGUGACUGGGUGCGACUGCUGACGGAAGAAUCGGAGACGCCGCUCGCCGAGUACGUCGACGUGCCGAAGGUGUUGGGCGAUGUGUUUGAGGCUGUCAUCGGGGCCAUCUAUCUCGAUAGUGGAUGUGAUUUGGUGGCCACGUGGGGCAUCUGUUACUCGCUGCUGCAGCGAGAGAUCGAGAACUUUUCGUUGGACACUCCGAUCCAGGUGGUGCGCCAGCUGUACGAGCAUCAGGAUGCCCGUCCCCACUUCAGUGAACCGCGGGUCGAGGACGAUGUGGUGAUUGUGCGGCUGCAUUUCACGCUGCGCAACCAGCGGCUGAAGGUGUUUGGCUGCGGCCAAAACAAGGAGGAUGCCCGCCGGGCAGCGGCCAAGCUUGCGCUCACCAAGCUUCGCGGCUAGAACAUAAGAGCUUCCAGUGUUUUAUUUUAAAUAAAAACAAUAUGGCCAUCAUAUGGCACCCGUA